AUGGCCGUUUCAAAUAGACGGGAAAUAACUACAAAGGAUCCGGGCGAUCGGAAAGAGGGCAUUUUUCCGCUCAUUCCUCACGUUGCGCCGAUUUGGCCGCUGGAUAAGCGAUUAGAUAAAAUCAGAGCUCGAAAGGCUUCGUUUUGGAGACGUGUCCGAAACAAGAUGAUUGUGUUGAACUUUCUCCAGAGCCUAAGCCCGACAAUGACAGACUUGUUUUUACAAAUUACCAAUGAAGAGGAACAUGCGAGUAACAUUGUGACUCUCACCAGGAACUUUGAAGAGGAGCAAAGGAAAAAGUUUCAACGCCUGUACGAGAUUCAAAGUGAUGCAUUUUUCAGGGCCGAAAACAAGAAAAGCGAGUGGGACAAGCUUCGGGAUCGUGAAUGGCGAACAACAACCCUUCCUGAUGUGAAUUCUACGGGUAUUUCAAUGCUUUUAACCAGAAAAUCAGAAAAACUGGCAGGAACAAAUGGAGCCGCUGGAAAAACACGAUGCCAAUCAGACAGACUGACUGAAGACGCCAGCAAUUCAAAACAUCCCGAACAAAGGAAACACAAGGCUCAGUCAUUCAGAACUCUAAAGGAAAGGUUUAGUUUUCAAGAAAGAAAUGAAGAGAUUUACUCCCCGGGAAUAUGGCAAAAUAGCAAGAGGGCGGAAGGGCCAAUACAUGACCCCCGCUUCCAACGACUGUUAAAAGCACUCAUACCACCAUCAAACCAAGCUCAAAACGGUUUUACCAAAAUCACCAACACAAAUCAUGACAAAGUUUCAAGGGAAAAAGAAAACGCUUUAAGCGCAAGAUUAGGUAGGAAAAGCCCAAACGAGAAA